AAAUUAUUUGUUCAAAAAAUGAUUGAAUGAAUAGAUCGGAGAUCUCUUCGCACGAGAAGUCAUUUAAUGUCAAUAAUAGAGUCAAUGAUUAUAUCGACGGAUACUUAGCGGAGAUGGAAGUGAGACAACGAAAGGAUCCCAACACUCACUUCACCCGCAAGAAAUUGAAGGAGAAUUGCAAAGUUUACUUUUGGGCCGGAAGUGAAACAAUUACGGCGUCCCUUCAAUGGCUGUUAUUACUGUCCGUCCGAUACAGCGAACACCAGAAGAGGAUUCACGAAGAGAUCGAUUCUGUGGUCGGAAGAGAUCGGAGUCCCUGUUAUGCCGACAGACUUCAUAUGCCGUUCACUCAGGCAUUCAUUAACGAAAUGUUUCGCUGGAAAACUCCUUUACCCUUACCUUUCGUGAAAUACACAUCAGAGGAUACAUCAGUUUUGGGUCAUUUCAUACCUAAUGGCACCAAAGUUUUGGUUAAUUUAUGGGCCGUUCAUAACGACCCCAAAGUAUGGCAUAAACCGCUAGAGUUUAUAAAUGGGAUCUCAUGGCGAGACCACAAACGGUUUGCAUUACAAGUGUUCAAAGACUUAGCCUUUGGGAAGGGUAUGAUGGAGGACAGGAUCACCGAUGAGAUCAGUUAUCUCACGAAUCUUAUUGACGAAACUAAUGGUCAGUCUCUGUGUAUUAAAGACAUACUGACCCCCAGUGUGUCCAAUAACAUGUGUCAACUGGUGUUUGGCCACCGAUUGGACUUCAAUGACCCCAAGAGACAGGCUAUGGAUAUGUAUUUAAAUUUGUUGUCAACAAUGCCUUCAGUGAUAGGAAUAGCAUCGAUGGCACCGAUCGGAGAUCUCUUCGCACGAGAAGUCAUUUAAUGUCAAUAAUAGAGUCAAUGAUUAUAUCGACGGAUACUUAGCGGAGAUGGAAGUGAGACA